AUCGAGACCUCAAACAAUUUCACCGCUUUUAUUUAGGUACUGAAUUUGUUCAACAAAAUGUUAUUCUACUCGUUUUUUAAAUCCUUAGUCGGGAAAGAUGUUGUGGUUGAACUAAAAAAUGACCUCAGUAUAUGUGGAACACUGCACUCAGUGGAUCAAUAUUUAAAUAUUAAACUUUCGGAUAUAAGCGUCAUUGACCCAGACAAGUAUCCUCAUAUGCUGUCGGUGAAGAAUUGUUUUAUUCGUGGAUCUGUUGUACGUUAUGUGCAGUUGCCAGCAGACGAAGUGGACACCCAACUCCUUCAGGAUGCAGCAAGAAAAGAAGCCACUGUUUCUACUAGAUAGUAAACAUAACCUAGAUUUUUGAUUUGUUUUCGGAACGAUGGUGUGUAAAUAUAAAUUUAAGCAUUAAAUUAAAUAAACUUUGUGGGAAGUAAA